AUGAAUGGCUCAAGAUUUCCGAAGGUUUUGAGAUUGAUUGGGACUUUCCCAACUGCAACUGCGAUUAACGGCAAACAUGUUGUCACCCAAGCACCCCCAAGAUCUGGCUCCUCCUUUUAUAACUAUAAAAAGACCCAUAGCAUCGUAUUGCUAGCAGUUUGUAUUCACAAAUAUGAAUUUACUUUGGUUUCAAUUGGAGAUACUGGUAGGGAGAGCGAUGGCAGUGUUUUUUCUGCAAGUGGCAUUGGUCAUUCUUUAACAAAUAAUUUAUUGAACAUGCCACUCUCACGAGCUCUCCCAAGCAGUACUAUCGAGUUACUCUUUGUUAUUUUUGGGGAUGAGGCUUUCCCUUUGAGAGUAAACAUGAUAAAACCCUAUGCCUGUGGAGUUCUAGAUGAAAGGAAACGAAUCUUUAACUAUCGUCUGUCGAGAGCCGGGCGAGUGAUAGAAAAAGCUUUUGGGAUAAUGGCUUCGAGGUUUCGUAUAUUCCGAAGGCCUAUUAUAAGUUCGCCCAAAAAAGUAACCCCCUUUACUAAGGCAGUUGUUGCCUUGCAUAAUUUUUUGAUUGCUGAUAAUGGCUACUGUCCUAUGGGGUUAGCAGAUACAGAUGUUGAAGAGGUGACUGGCGUCAAGACAUCUACGGAUAUCAAGGUUAAGUACCAGUUUCAAGAGUAG